CAAGGGAUCGAAAGUUUGGAGUGAAAUUUAAUGUGAUAUAUAUUUAUACCAAAGGACUGAAAAAUGUCGGCUGUAACGAGCACAAUGUUGGUGAUACUCGCUGUAGUGACUUUAGCUUCAGCUCAAGUUGCACCUCUUUCAAAUUCCAAGGUAGAUUCGAUGAUGGACUUACGGAUGAAAAAUGUUUCUGUUAACAAGGACGACCAGUAUAUUUGUACAAGUUACAGAAUGCCAGUCAAUGAAUCAUAUAUCGUCCAAUUUAAGCCUCUUGCGAAUGCCAACACCGCUCACCAUAUUCUAUUGUUUGGGUGUUCGGAGCCUUACAACACGGAGGAAGAAGGAGCAUGGAGCUGCCGUAUGAUCUGUCGUGGCGAGGAGCAGAUUCUGUUUGCCUGGGCCAGGAAUGCCCCUGAGCUGGUUCUUCCCAAAGAUGUCGGUUUCAAGGUUGGAGGAACCUCCAAAGUGAAGUACAUUGUUGUACAGAUACACUACGCUAAAGCGUUGCCAUCAUUUCGACCAACUGACCAAUCCGGUAUCCGACUUUACAUGACCCAAAAACGACAGCGGUAUGAGGCUGGAAUAUUUCUACUGCUGGCCUACUCUCUCACCAUUCCACCUAAUACACCAAAAACAAGCGCAGACAUUUCUUGUAGUUUCACAGCCUCAGGGAAUAUAUAUCCAUUUGGAUUUAGAGCUCAUGCUCACAGUUUAGGAAGGGUUAUCAGUGGUUACCAUGUCAACCAGUCCAACAGUUAUCAUAUGAUUGGCAAGGGAAAUCCACAAUGGCCACAGUCAUUCUAUCCAGUCUCGGAGAAAGUGGUAGUCAAGCCUGGAGAUAAACUGGUGGGGCGAUGCACAUACAACUCUACUGGGCGACAAAGGAAUACAUUGAUAGGGCCAACUGCCGCAGACGAGAUGUGUAACUUUUACAUCAUGUACUAUAAGGAAGUUGGAACACAGAUCCCCUUCCCACAGUGUGUCGGGAACAAUGUACCAAGUCUGAUCGCAAACCUUCCUCCUGGCUCAGACGAACCACUCCCGUACAAUGCCACACUUGAAGCGGCAGCACAUGGCCACGGGAGUCACAUGCAAGGCCACGAGGAUCCCGACACUGCCACCACAAAUACAGUCAACAAACCCACCGACGGCAGUAAGCCAGGUCUUCAGCACUAUGUUAACUUCCAGUCAGAUUUCAUGUCCGACAAAACCCAGUCCAGUUCUUCUGUCAACGGUCUCGACUAUCCCAUUGGACAGGUGGGAGGUGUUGCCACUGACAACAAAGGCGGUGUUUAUGUUUUUCACCGUGGAAACCGAGUCUGGGACGGAAGAUCCUUUAACUUUGAUAAUGUUUUCCAACAACAAAACAGUCCAAUCGAACAGGAGACUAUCAUUACAUACGACAAAGACAGCAACAUCCUCCGCAAGUUUGGAAAAAAUAUCUUUUACAUGCCCCACGGUAUAGCAGUGGACCAAAACUACAAUAUCUGGGUCACAGACGUCGGUCUACAUCAGGUUAUGAGGUUCCCACCAGGAAGCGACCAGCCUAAUCUGACAUUAGGUGUGAAGUUCCAGCCUGGAAAUGAUAACACUCACUUCUGCAAACCCACAGAUGUUGCUGUUUUGUCAACAGGAGAAUUUUUCGUUGCAGAUGGGUAUUGCAACUCCAGGAUAAUGAAGUUUUCCAGUGAUGGGACACUGAUCAAAUCAUUUGGCAAUGGUUUGAUGACAAGACAAGCUGAUGGAUUCCCUCCCGAGUCAAGUUUUGAUGUACCCCACAGUCUGGCAGUGGCUGAAGACAAAGGCCUUUUGUGUGUAGCUGACAGAGAAAAUGGACGAAUCCAGUGCUUUGACUUCAACGGCAACUUUCAAAAACAAAUUCACCCCACAGAGUUUGGGCCUAGACUGUUCGCUAUUGAAUACUGUCCACUACAUGAUGGCCUGUUGUUUGCGGUCAAUGGUCCACCUCUAGAUAACAGCCAGACCACCGUCCAAGGUUUCAUCAUAGACAUCAACAGUGGCACGCUGUCCGAAUCCUGGAACACACAAGACGGCCUUAAGAACCCCCAUGAUGUAGCUGUGGACGCCCAGAAUCUGCGAGUGUAUGUUGGUGAGCUCAAGCCUUCCAAGGUGUGGCGGUUCGACAUGAUGGGAGACAGUGGGUCUAUUGUUACCAACGAACCGAAGUCUACUCCAGCUCCAGGGAACACUGGUACAACAUCAACGAACAAACCAACUUCUAGUACAACCGACUUGUCGGAGCCAGUAGUUGCCAAGGGAACGCUACAGGAAGAGGACACAGUCUUACCAGCUGUCAUCAUAGGUGUUCUCCUCGUCAUCCCAGUCGUCAUCAUUGUCAUCGUCGUCAUUGUUGUCAGGGUCUACAAAAAUGGUCAGAAGACUCGGCGCCACAAUGUUAAUCCUGCCGACUGUAUAGAGGCAAACACGAUUGUUGCGGACGACAUCGAUCAUACUCCCGCAAAAAGUUUAACCUUGGUGACCUCCUCAGCCCACACCGAGGAUUCGACCGAUUGAGUACGGACGAGAGUGACCACGAGAUUGACCUUAGCGACUCUGAUCAAGAGGAGUACAGCAUUGCCCAGAAAGCAUGAUUACAAGACGGUUGCCAUAGCAACACACAAACUGAUUUCCACAUUAUUUUUUACUGUCAGGGGAAGUAACUCUGAUGGUCACACAGACGUUUAUAAUGUAGGAAAGAACAAAUUUUUGGUUGAAAUUUGAACAAGAAAACUAUUUGUUUGUUAUUGUGUAUGUGUGUAUCCCUGUUGAAGGCCAAAUCUAUUAGAUUGUCUGACGACAUGGUAAAAUUAUUGACAUUUAGUUGAAUAUGCCCCGAUGGCAUGGUAUUACAGUUAAAUUUAAAACACUCCUGUUGAAUAAUUUUCAAAUAAUAGUUGGAAAAUUCAUACAAAUCUUUAUAACAAAAGAAUUUAAUUUCUUCAAAAAUAUUACUUUUCCAAAAAUAUUUUUUAUUAAAUUUUCAGGUUUUUUGUUUGGCAGAUAUUACAAAAAAUCUAUAUAUAACGGGAGUUUUCUUGACACAAGUAGAGCUAAAUGAAGCAUGAUAUAAUUCAAGAGUAGAUAAAAAUACCAUUUACCAUGUGUAAUUAUAGUUAAAGCAUUGAAAUCAUUUCUCCUUGAAAUCCACAAAGGUUUAAUAUAAACUUGCUUAGGAGUUUGAUGUACAUAUUAUAUAUAUAUUGAUAUCCUUCACAGGGAGUUACAUACCAAUAUAUUUAUUGUUAUUUCUGAAAUUAAUUUUAUUGAAAUGUUUAUUUAUUUAUUUAUGAAUAAGAUAGUAAUAUAUGCCUUGGAAAUGAAAUACAAAUUGUUGUAUUUUAAAAUUACUUGUAGAUAGUCAUUGUAAAAUGUUAACUGUGCAAAUUGUCAAAACUGAUGAACACUGGAGUUAAUACUGGUAUAAAUAACAGUUUAUUAAGUCUUAAAUCAUUUACUAGCGAUCAGCUACAACCCCAGACAUGUCCAGCACAUGCAAAGAUAAGGUGACUUGACCUCUAUUGUUUUCUAUUGGAGAGGUGUGAAAUCUCGGGCUGGGACACUGGAGGCCUCUGUCGAUGAUUUGGGAUGCUAAUCACUCGUCCAUGUGUCAAAUACAGCCACUUACCAAGAGUUACAGUUUACAAAAAUAAUUCAGGACAAAGAAAAAAAAAAUUAUGAUAAAAUCAAGGAUUUAUACGUUGGACCAUAUCUUAAUGAACAGGAUAUUUUUACCUGAUUAUUAAUAUAGAGAAAAUUUGAUGGAUUCAAAAAAUAUUUUGAUAAGCAAGAUAUUAUUAAUAAUAUCCGAUGUAAUAAUAAGCAAGAUCCACUGUAGUAAUAUUUCUGGCUCAAUGGACACCACCUUCAGGGUGUUGGAAAAAAUGUUAGAAAGAAGAAUUAAAAGAAUUAUGUAUAAGAAAUGCCAGUCCUGUGUCUGAGUGCCAUUCAUGCAUUCAGAACUGAAUCCAAUUUUGAGAUACUUCCUUUGAUUUCCUUUGAUGUUUGUGAUGUCAUUCAUGGGUCUGAAGACCUAGGAUUAACAAUUUAAAUAUUUAUUGUAAUGUGUAUGAUGAGUUCAUGUUAAUAUGAUGUCAAACUUACUGUAUCACAUUACCAUGGUAACAAACUACUGUAUCACAUUACCGUGGUAACAAACUACUGUAUCACAUUACCGUGGUAACAAACUGACUGUAUCACAUUACCGUGGUAACAAACUACUGUAUCACAUUACCGUGGUAACAAACUGACUGUAUCACAUUACCAUGGUAACAAACUGACUGUAUCACAUUACCGUGGUAACAAACUGACUGUAUCACAUUACCAUGG